AGGAGGCUUUGAAUGCAGCAGUAACAAGCAGAUAGCUUCACUCCCUCGGCCGCAGCAGGAAACCAGCACCCCUCCAGCCACAGACAGCGACCCCGCUGCAUUCUCUGCCCACCUCUUCUACCCAGUCACAAGGUGGAGGAGGUUCGGGUCCCUCCUCCUCCUCCUCUGAGGGUUGGCGAGUGUAUUUGACAGGCACCUCGGUGCAUUAAUGCGUCGGAAAGAAUCCAGCUUUCAACUCGCACACCUUUCCGACCAAAUGCGAAAUUAUUUCAACCUUCUCUUCAUUUCACCUCCCUGUGGGGCGCAAACAGAAAACCGAGGCUGAGGUUGCUCGGUGUUGCAAUAUCAAGGUUGCCCCCCCUCCCACACUCACCCCCUUCACAGGUCGGCUGGCGGCUGAAAGGGGAUGGAAAAUCGAAGAUAUGCCAGAUCUACCCGAGGGACACAUUAAGGAUCCAGCGAGUCAUUUGAAGAACCUGGCGCUGCGAGCAGCUGACCUGCCGGUGUCUCUGUACAAUACCCUGUCCGAGGUAAAGCUCUCUCCUCUUGUGAGGAAACUCUUGCUGAUCUCCGUCGUGGGGGCUGCUUCACUCGCUAUUUUGGCUCAUCAGUUAAAACGAAAGCGUGGGAGGAAGCAGAAGGAGAAGGAGAAGGAGCAGUUGCCAUGGGAACAAGAGCUUUUUGUUCCUGAAUUUUCCAGGACAGCAGCUUCAGAAAAAGGUUCCAGUUGUGCGAGCAGUCGACAAAAUCUGAGCCUCUCCUUGCAGUCGAAGGGGUCGCACUCGCUUAACACGUAUGCCUCUCUGGGACUGCUCAGCAAGUACUCUGGCUCAGCGCAGAGCCUGGCCUCGGCUCGGAGUGUGAACUCUUCCCACAGUUGUGUGUGUGCUGCGUCUAACUUGUGGGACAAAGUUGCUGAAGAUAAUGAUGUCAACCUGGUUAAUGUGCCGGUGACUACUCCUGAAAACUUGUAUCUGAUGGGUAUGGAACUGUUUGAGGAGGCACUCCAGCGCUGGGAGCAGGCUUUGACCUUCCGCAGCAGGCAGGCAGAGGAUGAGGCGAACUGCACUGCUGUUAAACUGGGGGCAGGAGACGCAAUUGCGGAAGAAACGGUGGAGGAUAUCAUUAGUGCGGAAUUCAUACACAAGCUGGAGUCGUUGCUUCAGAGGGCUUAUCGUCUACAGGAGGAGUUUGAAGCCACUCUGGGUGCAUCUGACCCAACUUCUCUUGCAAAUGACAUUGGCUGGCUUUCUCCUGUUUCCACCCUUACUACGAGACAAUUCCUUGGACACCACUAUUAUCAUCCAAGAGGUGGUUGGUCUUCAUUUACAGACAUAGACAGGGAGACCGACAUCACUGUCAGAGACACUGAAGAUUUCUGCCUGAGGGACACAACCAGCAUUGCGUCGACAGACUCUUUUGUCUCAGCGGCUGAGCUCACAGAACACAGAGACCAUCGAGGCAGCGCUUAUGGCCUGGGAUCGUGGUGUCAUCUGCCACUUUAUGAAGAAGCGAUGCAUUUGGCAGAAGACGGGAAAGUAUUUUGCCGGGUACUAAGGACCGAGUUGCUGGAAUGUGUUGGGGACAUUGAUUUUCUGGCCAAGGUACACUGCGUGCGUCAAGCCUUCAAGGUAAUUCUUUCUGACGUAACAAAUAGAAGAUUUUUUGCCGAGGUGGGAAGGAAGAUUUUGUCUGCAAUUAUGAUGAAAGCACACAAGAAUCCAAAAAGGUUUGAGGAGGUCUUUGAGGAGAUGAUGUACUUUCUGCAGCAAACUGACCACUGGGAGACAACCCAGCGAGAACUUGCGACACGAGGGGUUAAACACAUGAAUUUUUAUGACAUUGUCCUGGACUUCAUCCUGAUGGAUUCCUUUGAGGAUCUGGACAAUCCCCCUACAUCGAUACAGAAUGUAGUCAACAAUCGCUGGCUCAACAAUUCCUUCAAGGAAACUGCUGUGGCUUCAAGUUGUUGGUCUGUUCUGAAAAGCAAGAAACAGCAAAUGAAGGUGCCCAAUGGCUUCAUCGCUCAUUUCUACGCUGUUUGCGAGCACAUCAGCCCAAUCUUGGCCUGGGGCUUCUUAGGACCCAGAGACUCCCUCUAUGAUUUGUGCUGCUUCUUUAAGGAACAAGUUCUUUUCUUCUUGAAGGAUAUCUUUGAUUUUGAAAAGGUGAGGUACACCAGCUCUGAAUGUCUUGCUGAGGACAUCUUACACCUGAUACAGCGUCGCACCGAGCUCCUGAUGGCUUACCUUGGAACAGACAGCCUGAGGCAUCUGAAUGGGUACAUUGGAAUCUCCCUGCCCAACGGACCCUUGGAAGCACAUGCGCAGUAAACCGAGACCUUGAGCUGUGUGCGAAUGUUAUCAUGUGAAUGCUUAACACAAGGGUGUCUGUAAAUUGUGGCCCAGGGGCCACUUGUAGACCCUGAGCCUUGGCAAGAUGUCCCUUGAAGCACUCAUCAUUGAGUUGUAUUUCUUCCUUGCUGCUUUUGUUCCCAUGUUUGCAAAGGGUUGUUCUCAGCAGUGUUGCUUCGGGCCGCAUUCCAGAGACUUGAACACAAUACGUGGCUGUCAUUGUGUGGAGAUGCAGUACUGAGGAAGUGUUGUCUUUUGCAAAGGGUGUUAUCAAAUUGAGGCCCUGCCUGCUCCCUAAUAGAUCCCACAGCGUAGUUCAAAAAAGAACGAGGGAGUUCUCUGCAGUGUCCUCACAAAUACCUAUCCCUCAACCAAGACCUGGUUAUUUAUCUCAUUACUCUUCUGUGCAAAUUGGUUGCAGCCUUUCCUCCAUUACAACACUUCAAAAGUAUUUAACUGCCUGUAAGCAAUUUCAGGCAUCCUAGGGUUGCAAAAGGAACUAUGUAAAUGUGAGAUCUUUCUUUAUCUGGUAGAUAGCUCCCAAAUCAGGAUGCCGAGAUCUCUUGGUAUCAGCAAUGUAAUUAAUUGGUCAGGGGCCUGAAUUAAGACUAUGUGGGUCACCAGGCCCUGAAGCCUGCAAAUCCUCAAUCUUAGCGCAUCGAGUGAAAUAGCUGACAGGAUAUUGCACAGCAGCAACUCACCAAAACUCCCUCGACACCACCUUCCAAGACCACGACCUCUACCAGUUAGAAGGAGAAGGGCAACAGGCACCCGGGAACACCACCACCUGCAACUUCCCUUCCACGCCACACACCAUCCUGACUUGGAAAUAUAUCACCGUUCCCUCAUUGUCACUGGAUCAAAAUCUUGGAACUUGCUUCCUAUCAGCACCGUGGGUGUACCUACACCACUUGGACUGCUGCAGUUCAAGAAGGCGGCUACACCACCACCUUCUCAAGGGCAAUUAGGGAAGGGCAAUAAAUGCUGGCCCGGCCAGCGAAGCCCACACCCUGUGACUGAAUGAAUAACCAAAGCUUACAAAGCGUUCACAUGUUAGCUUUCACACAGCAUGGUUUCAAAGUGCAAGACAGUGCUGGGGCCUGGUUCCACUUCAGGGUGGGAACCAGAGUGUAGCGAAGCAAACUUGUUCUCGUCCUGUGACGGGGAAGCCUCAAAGUAGCACCUAUCCUGGGGCAAAGACGACGGAACACGUUGCACGGUGCCUAUAAUUAAUUAUAGACUCAGGGAGGUUUCCAAAGGACAGUAUCCAGGAUUUUUAUAAAGUCUUUGUGUUGCUUUGUAUGAUCAUGUCCAACUUGGAGAUCCCAGUUGCAAGUUUGAAUGAUUUUUGAUUUGCCGAGGGGAGUUCUCCAGUAGCUAUAUUACCUGCAAUAAACUUUGUGAAACUUUG